AUGAGUGACGAAUCUACGACUGCUGUAGUACCUGAUAUUUCAAAUACUCAUAAAAAUAGUAUAACAAAUGAAACCGGUGAUUCAUCAGAAUCAACUGAUCAACCACCAUUAAAAAAAAGUGCAUCCAAUGUUCCAAUUACACUUAAUAUUCGUUAUAAAACACAAAAAUUUUCCAUUGAAUGUGAUUUAUAUGAUACAUUGGGACAUCUCAAAGAUAAAAUAGAUAAAUUAACUGAUGUUGAACCUCAAGUUCAAAAAUUAGUUAAUAAAUCAAUAACAAGUGUUAAACGAGAUGAUACAACAACAAUAUUAAAAGAUUUAAAUUUAACAGAUGGUCAAACUUUAUUAUUAGUCGGUGCAACUCGUUCAGAAGUUUCAACUACAUCGGGAAUACAAAGUACUGCAAGUAGUAAUAAAGAUUCGACAGAUGAUUAUGCAUCGGGAACAACUAAAAAAGAACCUUUAUGUAAACAAACUAAACAUGAAAAAGUACUUAAAAAUGGUAAACCUGAGAAUGUUCAAGUUGGUAUUCGAAAUCUAAACGAAGAAUUACCAUCAUCAAUUGAGGGUUUAUAUAUGUCAAUGCUAAAUCAAUCAGGUAAAAAAGCACGAUUAACAUUUAAACUUGAACUUGAUGAAUUAUGGAUAAAUACAGCUGAAACUACGAAAAAAAUCCCAAUGACACAAAUUCGUAAUGUAGUUGAUGAACCAAUUGAAGGUCAUGAUGGUUAUUCAAUAGUUGGUUUUCAAACUGGUACAACUGAAAAUUCGAUUAUAUGGAUUUAUUGGUGUCCAUCACAAUAUGUGAAAUCAAUUCGUCGACAGAUUCUCUCGGAUUGA